AGCUAAUACAUGUAUCUACUUGCAUACAAGUUUUUACAGGAAUAGAAGUUCAUUCAAGGGAGUGACACCGUUCUGUGCAGAAGUGCUGUUUUUGCUCCGGUGUGAAAAUGAGUUCAGGCAAAAAGUCUCUGACUGUCAAUGAAAUACUAGCAGAGUUAGAAAAAGAAGAUAUUGCUGCAGAUGUUUUUAUUGAGCCUGCUGAUGAUGGUCUGACUGACGAAGAUUCUGCUGAUGAAGAUCAAGGUGGUCUAAUUGAUAAUCUCUCUGGUAAACAAUUAGAUGCUGCAGGUGAAGCAGCUCUUCCAAAUGGAGUUCGGCUUGGAAAUUUAGGAGAGGACUUGGAGAACUAUGAUGACUCUAGUUAUUGCUUCAAAACUCCAAAGUGGACUAGAAAGGCAACAUUUUCUUCACCAAAACCAAUUUUUCCUCAGGCGAAUUACAGUCAAUACCGGAACUUAUCACCAUGUGAAUUAUUCGAAUUGUUUUUUGAUGAGGAAGUUUUCAGAUUGAUAAUAGAACAGUCAGCUCUUUAUGCUCGUUACAAGGGAGAAAUUUCCUUCUCAACAAAUGAAAAAGAACUAAAGGUUUUCCUUGGCAUAUUACUUUUAUCUGGCAUUGUUCCAGUUCCAUCACGGAGACUUUACUGGAAGAAUUCUCCAGUGACUAGAAAUGAGGCAGUGUAUUCUGCAAUGAGAAGGAACAGAUUUGAUAAAAUAAUGCAGUUCAUACAUUUAGCAGAUAAUACUAAUCUUGAUGAUUCAGAUAAAUAUGCUAAACACCGUCCCCUGAUAAGGCUACUUUCCACUCGAUUUUUGUCUCAUUUUCAACCAGAGCAGCAUCUAUCUCAUGACGAGGCAAUGGUUGAAUAUUUUGGCCGCCAUGGAUGCAAGCAGUGUAUUCGAAACAAACCAAUACGCUUUGGUUAUAAAGUUUGGUGCCUGAAUACUGAUGCAGGCUAUUUAGUAAGCUUUGACUUAUACCAAGGUAAAACAUAUGAAGGUAAUUCAUAUGAGGAGAAAGCGUUUGGCACCAUUGCAUCAACUGCUCAUGGAAGGGAACCCCUUAGUGGAUGUUUACCUCAGCUAGAUUUCAAAGAACAGAUUGCUGAAAGCUAUCUGAAGAGAUAUGGGAUCCCUCCUAAAGGGCCUGGGAGACCUUCCCAGGGGGAAACAGGUUGUAAGAGAGUUCUUGAUGACAUUCGUUUUGAUGGAAUAGAACACUACCUGAUAGAGACCCCAAACAAGAAAAGACGUAGAUGUGCUGGAAAUCUGUGUAGCAAAUCUCCUUCCAGUCAGUGUAAUAAGUGUGAUGUAGUGGUAGUCAUACUGAAUAUAUUAGAGAUGGCUGCUUCACGGUGUAAGGGAUAUAAAGAUUUCUAUACUGUAGAAGAAGCAUUGAAUAUUAUCUUCCAAUCAGAAGAUGAAGUUUCAAGUGAUGGUAGUGAUGGUAGUGAAAAUGAGUUUUUACCACAAAAAGAAGUUUCUUCAAGCUCAUCAGAUUCUGAUGACUAUCAAGAUAGUGAAGACGAAUCCACUAGACAAGCAAGUACCUCAUCAGAUAUACCAAGCAAGCACUUCUACAGAUAG